AUGAGUGGCUCCACCACGCCUCGUUUCGGCUACGAUGUCCUCUCCGUAUUCGAUGUUCCUUCAAAUGUCCGAGAUUUCCUCGCCGACGUCAUCGAGUCGCAUCAAGCACCAGAAGAGACCGAAGAGCUUCUCCAAGAGAGCCUGCUAGCAGGCGCUGAAGAUUGGCAUUAUUUGAUCGAAUGUGCCGAGUCCAUGCGAGGAGCUCGCCCAGAAGAUAAAAACAGCUUACAAGCGCAAGACGUUCUCGCAUACGUCUGGUGCACAUUGAGCGGGCAGGAUCCUCCACCUGGCGGGAAGCCAUGGGAAUUAACCGACAGGCUUAUUGCUCGGGCUAAACAGCUCGAGGUUGACCCCAAAAUACGACCACCACAUAUCACCGAGCAAAUCGAAAAUCACCGACAACAGUGGCUUGAAUCAAAGCCUUUCCCAAAGACCAAGACCUGUCUCACAACAUCCCCUUAUUGGUCUGACCAGCCUCGUGAGAGGCGUCCAGAAGAGAGUAACAACCUUGCGAAAUGGAAAGAUCGAGCAUGCCUCCCUCUAGCUUCCUCGCAAGCACGUAUCUCUACAAUAUCACAUUCACAAACACCCGACCAUGAGACUUAUCAAACGCUGAGUAUUGAUAAGCUUGCUGGUGGGCAGGGUUCCCCGCGAGAAGUCGCUCUGUGCGACAAGACACUGAUUGUCAAGCCUCAAAGUUCAAUUUCACCAUACUUUGUAGCCACUUCAGCAUCGGAUGAGGCUGGCCAAGCCAUUACAUUGGCGCGAAAGCGACCACCGCGGGGAACUGUUCCUUCGAUUCCCUUCGCGCCUCUCUCAUCACAGGAGUUUGGUCUUAUCCAAGAGAAGUUUGCUCACGAACCAUUCUGGCUACUGAUUGUGGUGACGUUCCUGAUCCGAACCAAGGGUACACAAGCAAUCCCUACAUUUUAUGAGGUUAAAGAACGAUUUCCGACCCCAACACACAUUGCAAGCGAAGAAAACACCGAAUCGCUCGUCGAGAUGAUGCGCCAUCUCGGCCUUGCGGAACACCGUGUAGGUCUGAUGAAGAAGUAUGCUCGGGGUUUCUUGGAUCAGCCUCCAGUCGCUGGCAUCUAUCACAAGGUGAAGAAGUAUGACCACAGGGAUAUCGACCCAUUGAGUCUCUAUCAACAUAAAGGAAGUAACGCACUGUUGGUGGACAAAGACUCAUAUGGGCAAGGUUUAGAGGCCUGGGAGAUUGGUCACCUUACGCAAGGCAAGUAUGCUCUAGACAGCUGGCGCAUCUUCUGUCGGGAUGAGCUACUGGGGCGAGUGACGGGCUGGAACGGUGAGGACAGAGAUCCCAAACUUCAGCCUGAAUGGAUGAGGGUUCGUCCAGAUGAUAAAGAAUUAAGGGCAUAUUUGAGGUGGAUGUGGAUGAAGGAGGGCUGGGAAUGGAACCCAGACACAGGUGAGCGUACAGUGUUGCGCGAGGAAUUGCGAAAUGCUGUUAAUGAAGGGAGAGUUGUGUAUGAUGAGAAGGGUGGGUUGAAGAUUCACUAUCUGGCCUGUUCAGCAAGACCUCUGAUGCCAGGAGAGGAGGGGUUGAUGGCUGAGAGCUGA